AUGGUAGACCAACCAACGAAAUCCCUUUUGGAGUACGGUAUUCCUGAUACGACUACCAGAAUCCUUUCUAGCAUCGUAAGACCACCUGUGACGGCUCAGCACUUCGAGCUCAAGCCGCAAUUCAUCCAGUUCAUCUCCAAUGAUUCAUUCGCAGGGCUACCACAUGAUUGCCCAGUAAGUCAUAUUGAUAUCUUUUUGGAGAAAUGUGAUACCAUGAAGAUGAAUGGUGUUACAGACGAUGCUCUUAGACUUCGCCUUUUUCCUUUUUCAUUACGGGAUAGGGCGAAGGAAUGGCUGAGAGAUGAGGGUUCUGGCUUAUUUGACACAUGGGACAAGCUAGUGAAGGCCUUCUUAGUGAAGUUUUUGGGACAUGAGAAGACUGCCAGGUUGAGGAACGAGCUAUCCACCUUCCGACAGUCAGAUGACGAGUCUCUCUAUGAGGCUUGGAGAAGGUUCAAGAGGUUACAGAGACAAUGCCCUCAUCACGGUAUCCCAGAGUGGCUGUUGAUUCAAACCUUCUAUAAUGGCCUAACCCAUGAGUUCCGAAUCUACAUUGAUGCUGCAUCAGGGGGUUCUCUCUUGACAAAGAAUCCAACUGAGGCAAAGGACCUGAUUGAGAAGAUGGCAGCCAAUGUUAAUUAUCAUCCAGGAGGUCGUCAGAAUGUGAAAAAAGGAGGUAAGCUUGAUGUAGAUGCUUUGACUAUGUUAGCCAGUUUUGUGCAGGGCCAUAUCGCACCAAAUUGCCCGCAGAACCCGAGUGAGAUGUCCAUCGAACAAGCCAAUGCUUUCUACUCCUCAAAUCCCAAAAAUCCUUAUGAUCCCUACUCAAAUUCCUAUAAUGAAGGUUGGAAACACCAUCCAAACUUAUCAUACAAGAACACCCAAGCACAGCAGAAUCCAUCACCACCACCACCACCCCAACCCAACAACUACAACCAACCACUACCCGGUCUCCAACAAAGACCAUCCAUGAACCAACAACCAAUGCAACCACAACCCCAAAAAUCUAGCCUUGAAGUGAUGAUAGAGAGCUUUAUUACCACAACCAAUAGUGCUAUCCAACAACAAGGUAACUCCAUCCAACAUUUGCAAGCCCAUAGUAAGCUCAUGGAAAGCCAAAUAAGCCAACUUUUACAACAGGUGAGUCGCCUAUCAACUCUUCAAGAUCAAGCAAAGGUUCAAAAAGAACAACGCAAUGCUGUUUUCUUGAGAAGAGAUGAAGCCUUUCCGAGGCAAAUUGUUGAGAAGGUGUGCAGUGAGGAGUCUAGAAAAGACGAAAAGGGCAAGGAUGUUCAAAUAAAGCUCCAAAUAUGUGGCUCCACCGGCUUAUGA